UUAUUCCCCUUUUCCAACUCUUUUCCCACCCCCUCCCCCUACCACCCACCUCUCCAAAAACACACACACACUCUCUCUCUCCUGAGCUUUCUUGAAUUUCCAUGGUGCUCUCUCCAUAGUCCACCUUCCUUCUGAUUUUUACCCUUUUUCAGACUUUCCUUUUUCAUCUCAAUGCCUCAUUCUUAGUACUUAACUUCACUCACAUUAUGACUCUCUCUCAAUAUCUCUCUCUACUACUCCUUUUGCUUCUGUUCCACCUCAACGCCUCUUCUGCUUCAGAAGAAGAAGUUCGAUCACUUUUGGAGUUCAAAAAGGGCAUAAAAGACGACCCAUUAGGCAAAAUCUUCAACACAUGGAGCCAAACGGGUCUCGGGUCAGAUCCAUCAACAUGCCCAAAGUCAUUCCACGGCGUCGUUUGUGACACCAACUCAAAUUCAGUUAUCUCCAUUGUACUUGACGGGCUUGGAUUAGUGGGUGACUUGAAGUUCUCUACUCUGAAUGGGCUAAAACAGCUCAAAAAUCUCAGUCUUUCGGGUAACUUUUUCACGGGUCGGGUUGUACCCGCUUUGGGUUCCAUGUUCACUCUUCAACAUUUGGAUCUGUCUGGUAACCAGUUUUAUGGGCCAAUCCCGGCCAGAAUUAACGAGCUUUGGAGUUUGAAUUACCUCAAUUUGAGUAACAAUAAUUUUACAGGGGGUUACCCUAGUGGAAUUAGUAGUCUUCAGCAGUUGAGAGUAGUGGAUUUGCAUAAUAAUGGGCUUUGGGGUGAUAUUGAGGAGUUGUUUUAUGAGUUGAGGUAUAUUGAGCAUCUUGAUUUGAGUAACAACUCGUUUUUCGGGUCGUUUUCGAAUAUGGGACCGGAUAAUGUAUCUGCAUUGGCUGCAACAGUUCAGAUUAUGAAUUUGAGUCAUAAUAACUUGGAUGGUGGUUUUUUUAGGGGAGAUUUGUUGCAGAGAUUUGUGAAUUUGAGAGUGUUGGAUUUGGGGAAUAAUGCUUUAAUGGGAGAGCUUCCGUCUUUCGGGUUAUUGCCUAAUUUGAGGGUUCUAAGGCUUGGGAAUAAUCAGCUCUUCGGGUCGAUUCCUGAGGAGCUUUUGCAAGGGAUGGUUCCAUUGGAAGAACUGGAUCUUAGUGGCAAUGGAUUUUCAGGUUCAAUUCCGAAAGUCAAUUCAACAACUUUGAGUGUUCUAAAUAUUUCAUCAAACCACCUGUUAGGUUCACUCCCAUCUUCUGUUGGAAAUUGUGCAGUUGUGGAUUUGAGCAGAAAUAUGCUAGAUGAUAACAUUUCAGUUAUUGAGAGCUGGGGAGGCAAUCUGGAAACUAUUGAUUUGAGUUCAAACAGGUUGACUGGAAUUAUUCCCAAUAUAACCUCUCAGUUUCAACGUUUGACUUCUCUUAAUUUCGGAAACAAUUCUCUCGAGGGAAACUUACCUCCAUCAUUGGGCACCUACCCAAGACUGGUUACACUUGAUCUCAGCACCAAUAAACUUGGUGGACCUAUUCCACCUACAUUGUUCACUUCAAUGACAUUAAUGAACCUCAAUAUGUCCGGAAAUCAGUUGUCAGGAUUAAUUCCUAUUGAAGGCUCUCAUAGUAGCGAAUUACUUCUUCAACCAACAUACCCGGCACUAGAGUCUCUUGAUCUUUCAGAAAACUCAUUGACAAGUAAUUUGUCUUCUGGCAUUGGCAAUCUGGGGAGGCUUCAAGUGCUAAAUCUUGCUAAGAAUCAGUUAUCAGGCAUGCUGCCCAGCGAAUUGGGUAAACUUAGAAGUUUGGAAUUCCUUGAUGUAUCUAAAAACAACUUUACGGGUAGAAUCCCUGAAAAUCUUUCAUCGAAUUUGAGGGUCUUUAAUGUGUCUUACAAUGAUCUAAGUGGUACAGUCCCUAUUAGCUUGAAAAACUUUUCUGAUAGUUCAUUUCAUCCUGGAAACUCACUCUUGAUCUUCCCGAGCAACUGGCCACAUAAUAAUCAUGGCGUUCCUGAUCAAAGUAGUCCGCACCAUCACAGCUCGAAAUCCAGUAUCAAAGUGGCAAUUAUUGUUGCCUCAGUUGGAGCUCUUUUGAUGAUUGCCUUCGUUCUCUUCGCUUACCGUCGAGCUCGGGCCCAAGAUUCCCGCUUGCGAAGUGGAUUUAAUGGCCAAUCCGCUGGAAGAGAUGUUAAACUUGGAAGGUUCAAUCGGCCUGCUAUUUUCAAGUUCCAUGGCUCCUCAGAGCCGCCCCCAACUUCGUUGAGUUUCUCUAAUGAUCACUUGCUCACAUCAAACUCAAGAUCGCUGUCUGGGCAAAUUGAGUCUGGUACAGAAAUUGUUGAGCAUGUUUUUCCAGAGGGAGUAACUGCAGGUUCAGCAACUUCGCACACCGUAGGUAAUCAUCCUACAACAUCUGGCCGGAGAUCCUCGCCAGACUCUCCAAUAGGUUCCUCCCCUCGUUUUAUUGACACAAUUGAACAACCAGUGACAUUGGAUGUGUAUUCACCUGAUCGAUUGGCUGGGGAAUUGUUCUUCCUGGAUGGUUCACUGUCAUUUACUGCUGAGGAGUUAUCUCGUGCGCCUGCUGAAGUUCUGGGUAGAAGUAGCCAUGGUACAUUGUAUAAAGCUACUCUAAAUAGUGGUCACGUUCUCACUGUCAAGUGGUUGCGGGUGGGGUUAGUAAAAAACAAGAAAGAAUUUGCAAAGGAAGUUAAAAAGAUCGGAUCUGUCAGGCAUCCAAAUGCUGUUCCUUUACGAGCAUAUUACUGGGGUCCUCGGGAACAAGAGAGGCUCAUUCUAGCAGACUACAUAGCAGGAGAUAGCUUGGCAAUGCAUCUUUAUGAGACAACCCCUCGGAGGUACUCCCCGUUAUCCUUCAACCAGAGGUUGAAAGUCGCUGUAGAAGUUGCUCGGUGUUUGGCAUACCUGCAUGAGAGAAGCCUGCCUCAUGGAGACUUGAAGCCGACUAAUAUAAUCUUGGUUGGUGCUGAUUACAGUGCCCGCCUCACAGAUUAUGGUCUCCACCGCUUGAUGACUCCAGCAGGGAUUGCAGAGCAGAUAUUGAACCUAGGGGCUCUUGGGUACCGCGCUCCCGAACUUGCUACUGCAACGAAACCUAUCCCAUCGUUUAAGGCUGAUGUAUACGCUCUUGGCGUGAUUCUAAUGGAAUUGCUCACGAGAAGAAGCGCUGGUGACAUAAUCUCGGGGCAAUCAGGUGCAGUUGAUUUAACAGAUUGGGUUCGGUUGUGUGAUCAAGAAGGUAGAGGAAUGGACUGUAUUGAUAGAGAUAUUGCAGGAGGAGAAGAACAGUGCAAAGCAAUGGAUGAUCUGCUAGCUGUGUCAUUAAGGUGUAUUCUACCAGUAAAUGAAAGGCCUAACAUCAGACAAGUUGUUGAAGAUUUGUGUUCCAUAUCUGUGUGAAAUUUUUGUACAUGUGUCUUGGUUUCAAUUCUUUUUAUUUCUUUGCCUUCCAUUAAUUUUUCUCCUAUUGGUUGCAUUCUCAUGUUGGUCAAUCCUUACAUAUUCCCAUUUUCUUUCCUCCUCCCCCCUUCAAUUUUUGUGUAAAGGGAUGAUCAAUCCAUUGAUUGAUUGAUUGACAUUUUUCUCAAAUUAGAAAGGAUUGCAAUUAUUUGUCUUAAUUGUUUCUGCUAACAGAAAUUGGCUCAUAUUACAUUUAUAACA